GGUCAAAGACAUGCAUUCGCACAGGUGCGACGCUAUCGCUGGGAGGGCGAUCAAAGACGUGCAUUCUGGUAAUCUUUAAUAUACAGGGUGGCUUGCUAUUUAGCUUGAGAUGGCAUGGUUGAAUUGAAGACUUGCACCCGACAGAAAUCAAACAUGCUGUGACAUUCCUGCGCGCCAAAAUUUAACAGUAUUUCCCAUCCGGACCAGCUCAUCGCCGUACCCCGCGCGAUAUUGCAAACCAAGAUCAUGCACCAGGAAGAAACAGACUGUCCACUCCGUGCUCAUCUCCUCUCUUCAUUCUUCACUCCGUCCUUCUCCUCCCCGCCCUCAAUCUGCAGCCCCAUCAUGCACCCACGCAAGUCCUUGGUUCUCCUUGCAUUCGCAAUUCUGCGCUGCCAUACAUUUUCCUUCUCUCUUGCUUCUUCCUCGCGCGAUGUAGCGUUCGGCGCCCACUUCUCCCCCACCGCCGCGACCAGAUCGUCCAAGAGUGCGUUUGGGCGGUGGUCCACGCGGGAUUCAGACAGCUGCUCGGCGAGGUCGGAUAUCGAAGGGGGACGGGGAUUGGGAUGGGCGGAGGAGGCGUUUGCGGGGUUUAAGCUGGGGCUGAUGGAAGGCCGAGGUGCCAGAGAGGUACUGCUGGUGGGUGCCGUGGUGGUGGAGGGCGUGGACUUGUCUGGCGACAUGGUGGAGCGGGGUUGAGAGUUGUAAACGAGGUUAGUUGAUUUCUUCAGGUAU